AUGGAAAGUUCAGAAGAUGGUGGUUCCCAUUCGGAACCUCCUGAUCCAGAUGUUCUCGAGAUCGAUCCAACUUGUCGAUACAUUCGGUAUAAGGAGGUGCUAGGGAAGGGUGCUUUCAAGACAGUCUACAAGGCAUUUGAUGAAGUUAAUGGGAUUGAAGUAGCAUGGAACCAAGUUAGGAUUGAUGAGGUUUUGCAGUCACCUGAUGACUUGGAGAGGCUUUACUCCGAAGUGCAUCUCCUGAAAUCAUUGAAACAUAACAAUAUUGUAAGGUUUUACAAUUCAUGGAUUGAUGAUAAAAAGAAGACUGUUAACAUUAUAACUGAGCUGUUCUCCUCGGGUAGCCUUAGACAAUACCGUAAGAAACACAGGAAGGUUGACAUGAAGGCUGUGAAGGGUUGGGCAAGACAGAUUUUGAAUGGUUUGAGCUAUCUUCACAAUCAUGAUCCACCGAUUAUACAUAGAGAUCUAAAGUGUGACAACAUAUUUAUCAAUGGUAAUCAAGGAGAAGUUAAAAUUGGAGAUCUUGGCUUGGCAACUGUCAUGGAGCAGGCAAAUGCCAAAAGUGUAAUAGGAACCCCUGAAUUUAUGGCACCUGAGCUGUAUGACGAGAACUACAAUGAGUUAGCUGAUAUAUAUUCUUUUGGAAUGUGCAUGCUGGAGAUGGUUACUUUUGAAUAUCCUUACAGUGAAUGUAGGAACUCGGCUCAGAUAUAUAAGAAAGUUUCAUCAGGAAUAAAGCCUGCUUCCCUCUCUAAAGUUAAAGAUCCAGACGUAAAGCAAUUUAUUGAAAAGUGUCUAGUCCCAGCAUCUGAAAGACUGUCAGCGAAGGAGCUUCUGAUGGACCCUUUUCUUGAUGUGAAUGGAUUUGCAAGGAAUUCUUCCUUGCCUCGUUCUGAUAUUGUUAUGCCGAAGAUGACUGCUAUUGGAGAUCGUUGUUUGAUGUCGGAAGGGCCUGCAACUACAAGGAAUAAGGCCCCCUCCAUGGAUUUGGGUCAUGAUCCUGAGAUGCCCACAAUCACUUCUUUUAAUAAUUCUGUUAAUGGGGGUUCCCAUUCUUUGUGCUUGGAGGUUCGAAGGGCAAAACGAGGCAAUGUUUUCCUGUUAAGAGGUGAAGGAAAUGAUGAAAACUCUGUAUCGUUAAUACUUCGAAUGGCUGAUCAGAAUGGUGCUCGUGUAAGGAAUAUUCAUUUCCUAUUCUACCUUGAUGGUGAUACUGCUCUCUCAGUUUCAAGUGAAAUGGUUGAGCAAUUGGAACUUGAAGAUCAAAAUGUCAAAUUCAUAGCUGAGUUGAUUGAUUUGUUGUUGUUGAAAUUAAUACCCAAUUGGAAACCUUGUGUUCACGUUGAGCAUAUAGUACCUCCAAGUAGAGUGCAAACCCCUAGGGUCCAGCAGGACUUCCAUUUAUCUGGAAAUGGAGAAGUGGUCUUGGCUUCUUUCCAAAAUGCUCGUGAUCUUGUCAAUCAUUCAAGGAGUUCAAGUUGCUGCAAUUCUCAUGGUGGAUGGAUUCCACCGGUACAGGAAAGCCCCAGUACAGUGAAACUUGAUGAGUUGAUGUUCAAUCUUGAUGAUUUUGUUAGCCAUAAUCCACCUGCAGCUGAAGAUCGGGGUUCUGAAAUGUCAUAUGUUUCAGCAAACUCUAGUGACUGGAAUGAUAAAAAGCUCUCCUUCACUUCAUACAUGUCCACAGAUUCAGGACCUGUGGACUUUGAAGGGAAUAUCUUGCGAGGGACCUUGCGGGACUUUUUAACUGAAAGGGAGAUGGUUACAUCAACUGAUGACAAGGUCAAAUUUUUUGAUGCAAGUAUGAAUAAUACCACCUCUUCUGGUUAUGCAUCCGAUGUUUCCUCGUCAUCUUGUAAGGAUGACAAUGAGGAGUUGAGAAGGGAGGUGCAAAAGAUUGAACUACAGUAUCAGGAGGCAAUGAAAGAAAUUUCCAAAAGAAGGCAUGAAGCUAUUCAGGAGACAACAAAAAGAUUGUCGCAGAAGAAUGUACAGCCAUUUCACUAG